AUGUCGUCCUUCACACGCCUCGUCCGCUUCCUCGCCAAGGACGGCCGCACCUACUACGGCGACGCGAUCCUCCCCUCGGGCGUAACCGACAUCGGCAAAGCAACACAAGCGCGCGUGAUCCGCGGCUCGCCAUGGAGCCAGCACACCCUGACGGACCAAGUCGCUGAUGUGCGCCUCCUCCUUGCGCCGCUGGCGCGCGAGGACGUCGCAACCGUGCGCUGUCUGGGUCUGAACUACGAACAACAUGCUCAUGAGUCCGGCAUGCCGAUCCCGAAGUAUCCGGUCCUGUUUUACAAGCCCGUCACUUCGGUUGCUGGGCCUUUUGACGAUAUUCCGAUUGCGCCGGUUGCGCAGGAGGGCGAGGGGCUGGAUUACGAGUGCGAGCUCGUGGCUGUGAUAGGGAAAGAGGCGCGCGAGGUGUCUGAAGCGCAGGCGUUGGACUACGUCGCGGGAUAUGCCGUCGGGAACGAUGUGUCGCAUCGAGACUGGCAGCUUAAGAGGGGUGGUGGACAGUGGGGGCUCGGAAAGGGGUUCGAUGGAUGGGCGCCGUUCGGACCUGGGAUUGUCUCGAGCAAGAUCAUCAAAGACCCACAGAGCUUGAAGAUCAUGACGAAGGUGAAUGGCGAGACGGUGCAGGAGAGCAACACGCGGGAUAUGAUCUUUGGGGUAGCGAAGACGAUCGCAAUCCUGAGUCAGGGAACUACGUUGCUGCCGGGUGAUCUGAUAUUUACUGGGACUCCGCAAGGUGUCGGUAUGGGACGUAAACCACAGUUGUGGCUCAAAGACGGCGACGUGGUUGAGGUCAGCCUCGAAGGGGUAGGAUCUUGCAUCAACAGGGUCAAAUUUACGAAACCCAGGUCUAGGUUGUAG